AUGGUAGAAAAAGAGACUUCCACUGUUCCUUUAUGGGAGACCUGCCUGCAUCUUAACGAGAGUCGAUGUUCUCCAACUGAAGAGUCCGAAAACUUUGUUGUUACUGUAUAUAACCCAUUGGCACAUGCGAUUUCAUCUUACGUGCGCAUUCCAGUUUCUGGGGAUUAUUAUUAUGUUCAGGAUUCAGCUGGAGACAAUGUUGUUAAUCAAGUGGUACCAAUACCGGAUUCUGUUUUAAAAAUACCAGGAAGAGUAAGCCCUGCUGUAAACGAACUUAUUUUCCCAGCAGAAUUUUUACAACCAUUAGGUUUUCAUUCAUAUUUCAUAUCCGAGAAACGGUUUAAAGAAGAGAGUACUACUCACAAAUCUAAAGUAACAAAGAGUUUUGGCACAUUUGGUCACGAGAAUCAUCAUUACAAGGGAAAUCGUUUUGGUGACCUAAGAAGUCUGAGUACACAAGGUGUGAAUUUUCGAGCAGAAAUAUCGUAUCAUUUCUAUGAGACAUCCGGUAUUUCACCUCAUUUCCACAACGCAGAUGGAGGAUAUAUUUUUCGUCCGAAUUCUGCCAAGCCGAAGACUGUACCCCCAAGAAGUUCAUUCAGAACGUACAAAGGUAAGUAG